AUGUCCGACGACGACGACGGUGAUGCCAACGCCGGGGCGACGACGACGACGACGACGACGACGACGAAAAAGCUCGGGAAGAAGGAACGGAUGAAACGUCGAGCGAAAGAGCUCGUCGCGCAGGGCGUGGACGAGGACGAGGCGCGAAAACGAUGUGGACUCAACCCACUGCCGAAACCAAAGGCGGCCGACGGAGUGACGACGACGAGAGGGAGCGAGGGAGGAGGGAGGGAUCGCGGAGGGACGACGAGCGGGGAGCGAGGACCGUCGCCGGCGUUAUUGACGGCGAACAUACGAAACGCGCGAACGUUGAGAGAGUUGUACGGGUUGCGGGACAAACACGCGGGUCGGUUGAACCACAUUCACGCGAGCGCGAUGUGGACGAGCAUUGGGAGGUUUGUUUCGGUGGGGGAGGGGGAGUUAAGGGCGCACGAGGAGGCGCACGAGCGAUUGGUUCGACAGACGAUCGAGCGCGUGGGCGACCGGGGGUGGAAGAUGGGGGCGAGGGAGUUGGCGAACGUCGCGCACGGGGCGGCGAAAUGCGGACGCGGGUCGACGGACGCGACUUUGAUGGAGACUCUGGCGAGGGCGAUCGAGGGCGAGCUUGAGCGGUGUAACGCGCAAGAGUUGGCCAAUAUCGCGUGGGCGUUCGCCAAGGCUGAGCACGCGGACGAGCGUCUGUUUUUGGCCUUGGAGAAGAUGGCGUCGACGAAGGCGGAGCAAUUCAAUCCGCAAGAGUUGACAAAUAUGACAUGGGCGUUCGCCACCGUGGGUCAGGGCAACGCCCGAUUGUUCAAGGCUCUAUCGCGGUGCGUAGAGCGUCGCGCGGAAGAUUUUAGCACGCAAGGGCUCUCCAACACGGCCUGGGCGUUCGCGAAAUCUGGUUAUGUUGACGCCGGUUUGUUCCGAGCACUGUCACAGUCGGCGCAGCAACGCCUUGAUGGUUUCAACGCUCAAGACUUUUCGAAUCUCGUCUGGGCGUUCGCAAAGGCGAGCCAAUACGACGCAAAAUUGUUCACGACGCUGGCGGCGCACGCGGAUCGGCAUCUGAGCACUCUCAGCACACAAGGGCUGACGAAUGCGGUGUGGGCCUUUGCCAAAGCCGGGCACUUGGACGACGCACUCUUCACCGCUUUCGCGAAAUCCAUCGAGCGACGGAUGUCCACAGGAGCAAGCGAUUUUAAUUCACAAGACAUGGCAAACACUGCAUGGGCAUUCGCCAAGGCUUGUCACCUGGACGACAAUCUGUUCACUGCUCUGGCUCGACUGGCCGAGACAUGUCUCGAUGAUUUCAACACACAAGAUCUCGUGAACACAACUUGGGCGUUCGCUAAGCUGGGCAAAUACGACGAAAAACUGUUUAUUGCGGCGCGAAAGUCCAUCUUAAACAAUCGACUGGAUGAUCUGGAUGCCCCAAACACGGCUAACAUCGCUUGGUCGUUUGACAAGGCGAGUCAGCUUGAUAAGCGCUUGUUCGAUGCCCUCGCGCGCACAGCAGAGGUACGAGCGGAUGAGUUCAGUGCGGUUGAUUUGGCCAAUGUCGCCUGGACGUUUGCAAACACUGGGCAGGUCAACGACAACUUAUUUACCGCGCUGGCUCGGAGUGUCGAACGACUAAUGGAAGAGUUCAGCGAUGAAGAGCUCGACAAUUUGGAGUGGGCUUUUGCAAAAGCGGGGCAACAAAGUGUCGUUGAACAUCUCAAAAUGCAGCGACAAGGUUCGGAUGAGAUCGACUAUUCAUCACACAAUGUUGAUGUGUCAAAAUGUGGUAAAAUUAUAAUUGCUGGCGGUGGUAUUGGUGGUGCCGCGGCUGCCGUUGCGCUUCAAAGGAAAGGUUUUGACGUGAUCGUGUUGGAGUCAGAUAAAAGCUUCGACGCGCGUGCACAGGGCUACGGUCUGACAGUUCAAGCGCAAGAUGCUAUCAAAGCGAUGGGGGUUGAUAUUUCGCACGAUGAUGCACCCUCCACGUCGCAUUACACGUUUUCACCAGACGGGAGCAUCAUAGGCUUUUUUGGUGAGGCCUUCGGCGCUAAGAGUAAAGAUCGUCGAGAAUGCCAAAAUUCUGGGCGAUUCAUUCAUAUUCCUCGACAAGUGCUUCGCAAAAGGUUGAUUGAGGCUGUCAAACCGGGUGCGAUACGUUGGAACAGCAGACUCGAGAGUUUUACGUCUCGAGAGAACGAUAAUUCGGUCUCGGUGGCACUGACAGAUGGCACAGAGAUUGAGGGAGCCCUUUUGGUAGGAUCCGACGGAAUUUUCUCGUCCGUUCGUCGCCAACUGAACCUUUCCGCGGAUCGACUUAAUUACGUCGGUCUCUGCGUCGUUCUUGGCAUCAUCGACGAACAGGUCAUGAAGGUACCGCUCGCGCAUCGGCGUAUUUUUGAAACCGUUGAUGGAACCACGCGACUGUACGCAAUGCCCUUUACCACUACAUCAACGAUGUGGCAAUUGUCAUUUCCGUGCUCCGAAGAAACUGCUCGAAAGUAUACCAAAGAUGCGGCGAGUCUGAAGAAGGAAAUCACGCGCCGCUGCGGGGAUUGGCAUGACCCAGUUCCGCAAAUGUUGAAGAACACUCCUUUGGAUUGCAUGUCGGGCUAUCCUGUUUACGACCGAGAGUUGCUCGAGCCGACGAUUUUGCGUCCAGAAGGACAGGAAAGUCGUAGAGUCACGUUGAUUGGAGAUGCUGCUCACCCGAUGACGCCUUUCAAAGCACAGGGUGCGAACCAGGCGAUGAGUGACGCCGUGCUUCUUGCCGAUUGUUUAGUCGAGGGAGUGCACAAAUACGGUCCGAACGCUGGGUUCGAAUUCGCUCUGCCAAUUUUCGAGCAAAAGAUGCUGAGCAGAUCCUCCAGAAUGGUGGUUGGAUCACGCGAAAAGGCUAAGGAGAUGCACAGUGCUCUGGCGCUCCAGCCCGCGCGCAAAGGACAGCGUGAAGCUGACUUUGAUCAGCAGACAACGAUUCGCGUACUCAAGGAAAAGAGAAUAGGUGCACAGAAUGGCAGUGAUCCACGAGGCCUCGACGCGAUUGUCGAAGCCGAGGGUAUCAACAGUCCGAACAGCGUCGCUUCGGUGGGUACCAAAAUCGUCUUUGAGGAGGACAACAUUGACGACGACGAGCUGACACAGGGAAAGAAGCGCAAAGCCGAGAAGAAGGAGAAGAAGGAGAAGAAGGAGAAGAAGGAGAAGAAGGAGAAGAAAGAGAAGAAGGAGAAGAAGGAGAAGAGAAUCAAGCUCUAG